GAGAGAAAAGUUUCCAUUAGAGAUCUUAAUCCUCAUAUUGUAUGUAUACUUUGUGCUGGAUAUUUUAUUGAUGCUACGACUAUAACAGAAUGUCUGCAUACAUUUUGCAAAAGUUGUAUUGUUAAAUAUCUACAAACAAGCAAAUUUUGUCCAAUGUGUAAUGUAAAAGUACAUGAAACUCAACCACUUCUUAACUUAAAAGCAGAUAGAACGCUUCAAGAUAUUGUUUACAAAGUUGUACCUUCCUUGUGGGAGAAUGAAAUGAAAAGAAGACAAGAAUUUGAAAAGGCAAGAGGAUUAAAGAAACUUCAAAAAGAAGAAAAUGAAGAUAAUGAACAAGAUCAAUCAGAAGAUGGCAAAUUUUCUUCUCAUCAUUAUUAUGUUCAUGAUGAGUUAAUUCAUAUUUGCAUAGAAUAUGUAGGAAAUAAAUCUGGUGUAAAAUUACCAAAGACAAAGAGUUUUGUAAGAUGUUCUGUCAGAGCCCAGAUUUAUCACCUAAAGAAAUUAAUUCAGAAACUUUGGCCAGAAAUAAGUGGAAAAGAGAUUGAAGUAUUAUGUAAUAACAAAACAAUACCUGAAAAUCAAUGUUUAAAAAGAAUUUGGCUUUCUUCUUGGAAACAACAGAACCCACCACUACUAUUACAGUUUACUGUCGAAACACACAAGUCAUGAUUCAAGCAUGGUGCCUUUCACAACUGGAACAUAGAGAUUAGAUUUAUUGACAAAUUCCUGCCAACUUAGAUUAUUAAAUAAAU